GGCAAGUGAACAAAAAUGUUGCGCACCACGAACGUUUCCUUUCCUAGUGAUGGCAAAGUAGUUUCAAGUGUUACUUCGGCGCAUACUGAGCAAGUGCUGCUAAGGAACAUAUGACGAGGGUCCCGAAAUAUGCAACGGUCACAUGUCGAACAUCGAGUUACACCUAAUCCCCUUUGUCACAGGGCAGACUUGUUUUGAAGUCACAGGGUUUCGUCAAAAACCUCCCACCUGCACCUCUUCUGUCUCAACGUGGAAUCCAUUCCAACGUAGCUGACCCUCUGAGAAACAACCCAAUUUUCUCUCGUAAUUUACGUGGGCGAGGGCAGCGCUAAGGAAGAAGCAAGAGAUAUUUGCGUCUACGAGUUCAUCAGACUGCCAGGACCUUCGGGAUCUCAACCGCAAGAAAUGCGGCUCUCCCCAGAGUUGAGUGGUCAGCCCGUGAGAGUAAAAUCGGAACCUCUUGAUCCAUCAUGCCUACCAGAAGAGGACCAGGUACAUCAACGGCGCUGCGGAGUUACAGCUGGGAUGUGUCACAUUAAAGAAGAACCUCGAGAGGAAUCUUCAAACACAGGUCCAAUCAUGGAAGUCAAGACGGAGCCUUACAAUGUUGCAAUAUUGACAGAACAGGACCAAAUGGGACACAGCUGUGAUUCAACAUCAGAAGGCAUGACAGCUGGGAUGUGUGACAUUAAAGAAGAACCGCAAGAGGAAUCUUCGAGUGAACAUCCAUUCAUAGAAGGCAAAACGGCGCCUUGUGACGUUGCAGUCUUGACUGGACAGGACGAAAUGGGACACAACUGUCAAUUGACAUCAGAAGGUACUGUGCAAAGCUCUCACCAGACGGCGUCAAAUGAAAACCUGGAUCACGAACGUGAAGUGCGGAUGGCGCGGCGUGUCCAACGGGAUUGCGCCGUCCAAGACUGCGGGUCGAUCCAGAUCGUGUGCGACAGUGCGCUUUGGGUAUUAGAAUCCCACAAGUCACUCCUGGCCAGGGUGUCCAACCGAAAGGUGUUUCAGCUCAAAGAAAAUGGUUCGGUUCCUGUUGUGCUACUGAGUAAAAGUCAAGAACUGCUCGAAACCAGUUCAACGCAGUUCAGUCUCACGUGGUGUAGGUUGAAGAUCAGCACGAUGACCGUUGAGCCACAGCUUGACAAUGCUCUACUAGUCACGACGAACGGUCGGCCAGACCAGAGCAAGCCAUCUGAACCUCCAUACACAUUGAAAGACAGCUUGAAACACCACAUGCUUGCACAGUGUUGCAAGUUCAGCAAGAAGUGGUGCCUACAGUGUCACAAGCAGGCACAUGCACAUAAGAAGGCAUACAAGUGCAAUGUCUGCCCUGCGGAGUUCAGCCGGUGGGGUCAACUACAUCAACACAAGCAGACACGCAUGGGCGACAAGCCAUACAAGUGCGAUGUCUGCCCUGCGGAGUUCAGCCGGUGGGAUCAACUACAUCAACACAAGCAGACACACACGGGCGAGAAGCCAUUCAAGUGCAAUAUGUGCCCUGCGGAGUUCAGCAGAAGUGGGAACCUGCAGCAGGACAAGCGAACACACACGGGCGAGAAGCCAUACAAGUGCGACGUCUGCGCUGCGCAGUUCAGGCAGAGAGGGCACCUACUGAACCACAAGAGGGUACACACAGCCGAGAGGCCAUACUAG